AUGGAAGAGGAUUUUGACCUCUGUUCUAAUUCUUCUUGUUCUGCUUACAAGAACGAUUUAAAUGAGAAAAUCAAGUCUUUGGAGUCGAUGCUUGCAAAUAUCAAUACUCACAAGCCCAAGCCGACGGUUUAUGUAAAGUGCUGGAAUAAAUUUAAUCGUUUUUCGGAGAAUCAGAAUUGUUGUGGUCAAAAUUGUAAGGAAACCACGGGCCAUUGUCGGGAGGGAAAUGGAGCUGUUUGGAUUUGUUAUGACGGAUCGUUAAUUAAAUAUAGUCAUUCUACUAAAAAUAUGGAAAGUGACAAUUUAAUAAUGGUCCUUGCCGAAAAAGAAUUUAUGAGAGCGGAUAUUCCAAAUGAAGUGCCAGAAGAUGCUUAUGUUUGCCGCUUUUUUGAAGUCAUAGCUUUACCAGAUCCUGUUAAAGAAACUGAUUUUAAUUGGUUCGAAUGGGAGUUGGAAAUUGGACUUUAUAAAAAUGAUCAAUGUUAUUUUCGCUUGGGAAAUAGCGGAAAUUACCGAACUGCUGAUGGGACGUGCAAACGCUUUUUUAAUGAUAGAAUGGUUGGAAAUGAUGUUUUUGGAUGUGGACAUAUAAUUCCUCCGAAGAAUAAGCCAAAUGAACCUACUCAAAUUUUCUUCACAUUAAACAAGAAACAAAUUGGAAAGACAAUUCUUUUGAACGAUGUUGAGGAUCUGUUGCCACACAUUCUUUUGAAGCGUUGUGAUGCUAGAAUUAAUUUUGGAACUGAUGAUGCGUGGCCGUUUGUGUAUGAUAUUAAGAAUCACGUUGCUGGAGAUUAA